UUUUUGCAGAACAAACUAAACAAACACAUCAUGAUUAUCAUGUUAAGCAGCCAUAUCAUCUCAUCAAAGCUAACUCCCCUCCAAAAAUAGCCACCUUUUCCCCUUAACUUUAUCCACAAAAAAAAAAAAAGGCAUGCAGGUAUGAAAUCAAAUCCUAGCUCCAUAUAUACAUGCCAUUUCCCAUCAACAAAUUCUCAAACUCCAUUUCUUGAUUUCAAAAAAAAGAAAAAAAAAUAUCAUGGUGAUACCAAGGUUUCUCUUGCUCUCAAUUCUCAUUAUUGCCUCUGUUUCCACCUUUGCAAACUGCAUAGACUUCACUGAAAAAGACCUAAGCUCCGAUGAGAGCUUGUGGGACUUGUACCAAAGGUGGCGGAGCCACCACGCCGUCUCCCCCCGCAAUCUGGAGGAGACACGGAGGCGUUUCAACGUGUUCAAGGCCAACGCGCAACACAUCCACGCCGUGAACGAGAUGGGCAAGCCUUACAAGCUGAGGCUCAACAGGUAUGCUGACAUGACCAACCACGAGUUCAGAGCCUCGUACGCCUCGAAGAUCAAGCACCACCGGAUGCUGCGUGGCAGCCGGGCGAGCACAGGGUUCAUGCACGAGGCGGCCGGGGAUUUGCCGGCGUCGGUUGAUUGGAGGGCUCGAGGUGCAGUCACUGGAGUCAAGAAUCAAGGGGACUGUGGUAGUUGUUGGGCUUUCUCAACUGUGGUGGGAGUUGAGGGCAUCAACAAGAUCAGAACUGGGCAAUUGGUGUCUUUGUCUGAGCAAGAAUUGGUUGAUUGUGAGCAAGAUAAUAAAGGGUGCGAUGGGGGAUUGAUGCAACAUGCAUUUGAGUUCAUCAAGAAACAGGGUGGCCUAGCAACCGAGACCUUCUAUCCCUAUCGAGCCACCGAUGGUAUAUGUGAUGCAACCAAGAUGAAUGUACCGGCGGUUACGAUCGACGGCUAUGAAAACGUGCCUGCAAAUGACGAGGAUGCGUUGAUGAAAGCCGUCGCAAAUCAACCUGUAUCCGUCGCUAUGGAUGCCGGCGGUUCUAAUUUGCAAUUUUACUCCGAGGGAGUAUUCACGGGCGAAUGUGGCACGGAGCUAGACCACGGGGUAGCGGUUGUGGGUUACGGGUCCACACUCGACGGGACCAAAUAUUGGAUCGUGAAGAACUCGUGGGGGCCCGAGUGGGGCGAGCAAGGCUAUAUUAGGAUGCAACGUGGUGUCGAUGCACGAGAAGGAUUGUGUGGUAUCGCGAUGGAUGCCUCGUAUCCUAUCAAGUUAUCGUCGGAUAAUCCGCAACCACCACCACCAACAGCUAAGGAUGAGCUCUGAGUCGAUCGAGGAAGAUGUUUAGGGCAAGUUACAUGGAUG